AUGGUGAUUUGCGAAGGAGGGGAGAGGCGGAAGCGAGCUGAGCGGAACCAGUAUCAGAGAGCAGUCCGCAUGCCCGUGAACAUGUCGCAAAACAGGGCCGUGGUCGUGGUAGGCAAGCAAGGAAUAGUGCAGGACGGGAAGCGCAAUGUGAAGUCCAAGCAAAAUGGACUACAAAGUUGGACACAUUGA